CUCUCUCUCUCUCUCUCUCUCUUACAUUAUAUUAAGACUUGUCUGAGACAACUUUUUCAUCACCUUGUCGUCCUUUUCUUCAAAACAAAAUUCUGGUUAGAAACCCAAGAUAUGUGUUGUUUCUUGUUCAAAUCAUGCUCAAUAUUUCUCUCCCUUUUUUUGUUAAUAACUUCUUGUCAAGCUGUGAGUUUCAACACCAUCUUCUUCAAUAGCACUGCAGCAGCUGCUGCAGAUUCAGACACUUCAUUCAGUUCCAGGAAAUUAGUUGCAAGCAAAUGCAAUUGGUUCCAAGGAAAAUGGGUUUAUGAUUCUUCCUAUCCUCUUUAUGAUUCUUCAACUUGUCCCUUCAUUGAUUCAGAAUUCAACUGCCAAAGAAAUGGCCGUCCUGAUAGUAGCUAUCUCAAGUACAGGUGGCAACCCUUCUCUUGCAACUUGCCCAGGUUUAAUGGGUUGAAUUUCUUGGAGAAAUGGAGAGCGAAGAAGAUCAUGUUCGUGGGUGACUCACUGAGUCUGAACCAGUGGCAAUCUCUGACUUGUAUGCUUCAUGUUUGGGUGCCUAAUUCAAAGACUACAGUUAUAAGGAGAGAUGGGUUAUCUUCAGUCACAUUUGAGGAAUAUGGAGUCACAAUAUUACUGUAUCGAACUCCAUUUCUAGUAGACCUUGUCAACGAGAAAGAUGGAGUAGUUUUGAAGCUUGACUCAAUAAAUGGCGGCAGAGCAUGGGAAGGCAUGGACAUGCUCAUCUUUAACUCUUGGCACUGGUGGACUCACACAGGAAGAUCCCAACCAUGGAAAUACAUGCAAGAGGGUAAUAAAAAGUAUACAGAUAUGAACCGUCUGAUCGCAUUUUACAAAGGACUCGCUACUUGGGCUAGAUGGGUCAACAGAAAUGUUGAUCCUUCAAAAACCAAGGUCUUCUUUCAAGGCAUAUCUCCCACUCACUAUGAGGGGAGGGAUUGGAAUCAACCAGCAAAGUCAUGUCCAGGAGAGACGCAACCAUUCUUUGGACAGAGGUACCCAGCAGGCACGCCAAUGGCUUGGGUUGUGGUUAACAAAGUAUUGAGUAGAAUAAAGAAACCAGUCUACUUGUUAGACGUGACCGCCCUCUCACAAUAUCGAAAAGAUGCUCACCCAUCUGCCUAUAACGAUGAUCACAGCACAGAUUGUAGCCACUGGUGUUUGCCUGGAUUGCCUGAUACUUGGAAUCAGCUUUUAUACGCAUUUCUCUUCAGUUGACACUAUUAUUAAUUAGGAUUACUAAUUAAUCAUCUUUCAUUACAGGUUUUAAGGUUUCUUUGUUACUUUCAUUUAUCUUAUGCAUGUAGACAAUAAGAGGGUGAUUGAUGUUUCAAUUGUAAAUUUUAAAUUGUUAUUUUUGGCAAUAAAGUUGUUGCCAUAAAAUAUUGUCCUCUGAUAUUUUUUUUUAUAAUAUAAAAAAAAGUUUAGAA